AUUAAGGAAAUAAAUUUACCAUGGGGAAAAUGAGAACUUUUCAACGGGACAUCCAAAAAAGGAAAACAGGAACAUUCCAACUGGACGGAGGAGUACUUUUCAGAGAGUAAUAAUAUAAAAUAGCCCUGCAGCCAACGGAUUGUGAUCAUAUGUUAGUGACAUUGACCACACAAAGACAACAUGGGCUGUGAGGAUAAGGGUCAUAAAGGUCUAUGAAGUGGCAGCCCAUGUUAGAGGUGGAAGCACUUUAGAGAUGGUUUUUCACGACGAAAUGGGAAAUCGCAUCCAUGCAGUGGUCAAGAGGCCACAACUUGCAAUGUUCGUAUCCAAAACAAAGGAGGGUCAUGUCUAUGCGAUCAAGAACUUUAUUGUGAGAGACAACUACCAGCUGUAUAAAACAACUUCACAUCUGUAUCUACUGGAGUUCGUGACUAAAAUGAAAGUUUUUCAGCAGACACAUGAUUUCCCAAGCUUCCUCUACGACUUUCAACUUUUUGAUAUGCUGCAAGCCCAAAGACUACUGGAUGAUAAGCUUCUUAUAGAUGUUAUUGGGAAAGUCAUCAGUCGUUGUGCACCACAAAGCCAUGUCAUCAACAACAAAACAGAAAGGUUGAUGGAAGUCACGCUAGAGGACGCUGACGGGAAUAGGAUUGGUUGCACGUUGUGGAACAACUACAUAAAGCAAUUUAAUGACUAUGUGGAUAAUGCUCAGAAUGAGCAGAUUUUUAUGAUUGUCCAGCUAUGCAGACCAAAGCCCUAUAAAGGGAAUGUCGUGUCCACAUCCUUCGACGUCACAAAGCUGAUCAUUAACGGGGACAGGAUUGAGUUCGAAGAUUUCAAAAAUCUCUUCAAUGAGGAUGCUUAGGAAACCGCAACUUUAACAUUCCUUGGAACAUAGUCACGUGGAAGUAACUAUGACAUUUUGGGCGGACAUGUCACGCUGACCUCAGUGAGCGAUUUGCUGGAUAAAACCGACGAUAAAGCAACUUAAUCCCUAUUCACACUUUGAUUAGUUUUAGUAAAUAAAAUUAAUAUAUUCAGAAACUACAUUAAAACCACUACAAAGGCUGACAAAAAAAUGUAAAUUUGAUAAAAAUUUGAUUUAUAAAGUAAACGAUUAAAAAUGAUUUAAGUUGACCAUGCAAAUAGCGGACGGGAACCUUCUAAUGGGACGGAGGUGGUACUAAUUUAUAACAAGCUUGCUUAACGGUUUAGCGUUCUUUAUUAGUGACGGGUGGAUCGACAACCUAAUAAAAAAUUGUUUUAAACUUUCAAGAAGGAAUAUACUGGGUGUUGGCAGAUAUUGUUUCCAUUGAUAGCUUUCGUGAAGAAAAUAGGUUCAGAUGUGAAGCAUGCAACAUCAGUUUGACUGAAGGGGUUUUAAGAUACAAGGUCAGCGUCUGUGUUAUGGAUGAUAUCGGUCAUGCUUCAUUUACACUUUGGGACCGUGAGUGUACCGAUAUACUUGGUAAAUCAACAGCUAGAGCUGGGAAGAGAGGUGGUGCAGAAAAUCGGUGACCCAACCCACUAUACAGAAGAGAUAGAGGCAUUGAUAGAUAAAAAAGGGUUGUUCAAGGUCUUAGUGAAGAAGAAGCCAGAAACAUGUUCUUACCAAAGCCGUACUUCGUUUGGGGUGCUCUCAAUGAUCAGGGAUCCAGCUAUUCUAGCGAUGUACAAGAAACAAGUUGAAACAGAAGAAGUUGCUGAGGGACAAGAUAAGGAGAUGAGUGGUUCAGUGAACAAUGUAGAGCAAUGUGCAACAAACCAGGAACUUGGAGGAACAUCACAGGACAAGGUAUCCCCGUCUCCAUGGUGAAUGUAAAGGGCCUUGCCCGUUUGAAGAAACAGGACCCGAAGGGGUCGGGACAGGGCAUCCAGAAGCCCGCCACCGCCCUCUUUAAGAAAGCCGAGGGCGAUGCCGCUGCCGGCAAGAGGAAGGCAGUGACCAAGGGGUCCCCCCCGGCUACCAAAAAGCCGAAAAAGGGGGAUGUCGCCGAGAAGGAGCCCUCGGUCAUUAUCGCUGAUGAGCCCCCCGCCUCCGGGGUGCAGGUGGAGAAGCUGCCGGGUGGAACGCCG